AUCUUUAUUAGACGAACGCGCCCUGAAGUGCAUUCCAACCAAACUAGUAGCCAAAUCUCCCAAUUGGCUAGGCAUGUUUGCUCGAGUCUAGCGACCCGCCGUCACGGUCGGUGUUAGAAAGGCAGGGCAUGGUGGAUAGAUGGGGGGAGGCGAGCCGACCUCAGAGGUAAGAGCGGAGAGACUAGGUGGUGGUGGUGCGGUAGCAUGGCAACCCGCGGACAGGACAAGCCUGCGUAUCUCGAUCCCCCUGGGGAUCGAGAUCCAUAGAUCGAUCGUGCUCAACCGCCCAUUCUCUGGCUCCGGUUUUCGCCUCCAGAAUCAUGGCUGCCGACAUGAUUGGCCAUAAGACGACGACGAACGAGAGUUGCGUCGCGAAGCGCGGUCGCUGAUAAGCCGAGCUACCGCCUACAGCGAGCCAAGCAGCUCGCCGUUUUAUGGCGCAUGAGCAGCAGUCUGCGCGCAGUCUCCUCGUUUCACCCCGUGAAAGCCGCCGGAAAUGGCCGAUAGCUUGUCGCGUACUCGCCUCCGACCGCGACGCGAUCUCCUCGAUUCCUUACCCGUGCUCGCAUCCCUCGCAACGAGUUGUGGACUUCGCAGGCGUUGGGCCUCAGGCUGCAGUUCGUCCAGCCACACCCCGGGAGGCUCUCGGCGUAUUAAGUAAUGAUCCAUGGCGCCCUUUCAUCGGCAUCACCAGUCGACUCUGCCGCUCCAAGUCUUCACCAGUCAAUCCCAUCGCCAACUCGCAGUCAGCGUAAAGUCGACCACGAGGACUCGUUCUAAAGUUAGUUCCAACCAUGGCGGCGACCAGGGUCCUCGCGGUUCUGAUUCUGGUUCUACUGGCCACCUCCUGUGCGCUUGCUGCUCCUGGUGGUAACGGCAAGGGGAAAGGCGGAAGCGGAAAAGGAAGCGGGAAGGGGGGCGGUCGAGGAGGCGGAAACGGCGGUGGGAAAGGAAACGGGAAGGGCGGAGGCGGAAAGGGAGGCGGGAACGGUGGCGGCAUUCUGGGCGCGCUGACUGGCGGAAAUUUCACGGGCGGGUGGGGUCAGGGCGGCGUUUUCUCGGGGCUCUCCAGCCUCUUUGGCAACGGCAGCACUCCCGGCGACUUGGGGGGAAUCUUUGGGCGGAAGGGGGGGAACGGGAAGGGCAAGGGGAAUGGCAAGGGGGACAGCACAGAGACAGCAAGCGCUGCAGCUGUGGCAACCACUAACGGCGCGAGUGAGACAAUGAUGGGCACGAUGGGGGUAGGCAAUGGCAAGGGGCAGGGGAACGGGACGAGCAACGGGAAGGGUCAGGGGAGUAAGGGGAAUGGCAAGGGGAAGGGUAAGCAGAACGGCAAGGGGAACGGUAAGGGGAAAGGUAAGGGGAAGGGCAAGGGGAACGGCAAGGGCAAGGGCAACGGCGCAGGGAACAGCACCGAGACUGCAAGCCCUGGAAGUGGGGCGACAAGUUCCAGUGCGAGCUCCACAAUGAUGCGGGUGAUGGGGGUGGGCAAUGGCAAGGGGCAGGGGCAGGGCAACGGGCAGGGCAAGGGGAAGGGGAGGGGGGACGGGUCGGGUAAGCGCGGGAAGAGUGCGGGAGGCGUGUUGGCGCGGCUGAGGGGCAGCAGUGUGGUGGAUGAUGCGAUGGCAGCCACUGGCGAUGGCAACGCCACUGGCGUCCUCGAAAUCACCCUCCUCCAGAACGGCACGGACUACGACGUGGUCUUCACGGUGCGCAUCUCCCUCUCUGGUCCCGACUCGCCCACCUCGCUCACUCUCAACAUCGGCACCGCCGGCACCAAUGGCCUGCCUCUCCUCGACUUCUCCACCGCCACCGCCGCUGACGGCGCAUCCCCCCCUGCCUGGACCACCGUUGCCUCCCCGCCCUCCUCCUCUCUUGGCAGCGGUGCCAUGGGACGCGUGUGGGGCCGCCUGCAGCACGCGUGGGGGCGGUCUCAGAGUCGCCGUGCAGCAGGGCUGCACACGUUCACUCUCACGUGUGUGUGGGCGGGCGCCGGCAGCACUGCUGCGGCUGACGGCGUGCAGACGGUGAAAGACGUGGCGCUGGCCGUUGUCGCACAGCCCAGUGCGUUCUAUGCCGUGGUUGCCUCGCCCGGGUUCGACUCAGGCGCCGCCAGGGGGCAGUUCCAGAAGGCCCCUAAGGGCUGGGCGUUUGGGCUGAGGAACUAAGGAAUGGAGGGGAUGGGAGGUGAGGCUGGAUGGUUAAGGGAGCUGAAUGCCUGCUAGAUCCCGUGGUAUGAGAAUUCGCAGGCAGGCAUGAGUGGGAUGAGAUGGGAAGGUGGUGCAGUGUAGUUCAGCCUUCAAUCGAGCCUGUUGUUAGAGAGCCUGUUGACGUGAUUUGGAUGGUGUGGCAUGGCAUGGCAGCAUGCCAUGAUAGCUGCAGGUAGAAUCACGAGGGCAGGCUCUCAAACAACAUGUCUUAAGUCAUGCGGUGAAAUAUAUGUGCAUUUCCAAU